GUAAACUUUGCUAUAACAUCACUUCUCUUUAAAACCACUUAAAAGGACUCAUCUUCAAAGCAAAUGACCAACAUGCGACCUUUUCUUAACCAUCCAUCUCUUGCAACCGUCCAAGAACCCUGGCUAUUUUCCUCUACUUUCUAGGCAAAACAAAAACUAGUUUCUCGAGAAAAUAAAUCAACAUGGGAGAAACAGAAACCAUGGCGACAAACUAACUAAACCACCUAUAUCUAUUAUUAUCUAUAUAUACUAAUAUAUAUUCAUCAAUGGGUAACGGAGACAGAGCCAUGAGCCACUGGAGCUUCCACAUCCCACUUCUCCAUAAUCAUCAUCAUCAUCAUCAUGAGCAUGACCAUGAAAGGAUACCAAAAGGGUGUUUGGCAGUGAAGGUAGGACAAGGAGAAGAGCAAGAGAGAUUUGUGAUUCCCGUUUUGUACUUUAAUCAUCCUUUGUUUGGACAACUCUUGAAGGAAGCUGAAGAAGAGUUUGGUUUUGCGCAAAAAGGAACAAUCACGAUCCCUUGUCACGUUGAGGAGUUUAGGUACGUUCGAGAAUUGAUCGAUCGAGAAAACACUAAAUUUCUCGGUCAUAAUCUCUUUGAUCAUCACCACCAACAUCAUCACAACCAUCUCAUCCGUUGUUUUAGAGUUUGAUGAUUUUGUUUUGGCUUUUUUCUUAGAUAAAAUAUAUUUUGUAUAAUUAUCUCAUGUUGUUGUUGAUUGUAA